ACGGUCCCUUUCCUCCUCUCCUCCAUCCCGUCUGCUUUGGCUCCACUCCGCGUUAGUACUCCAUUGGGCCCGGGCCUUCCCUCGUUCGACGGCCAGCAAGCGCCGUGUCAUUGUCCGACGCGACAUGCAGCUCGCCGGCACUCCCACGCGCUGAAGAAGCAGCCGUAGCCGUUUGGUGCAACGCCGCGAGCUUCUGCGGAGAAGGAUCAAGAGAGCGAGAGAGAGAAAAAAGAGGUACAGAGCCCACGGCGCCGCAACCUUGCCGCAUUGCGGCAACCCUUCCUCGCGAACACACCUGCCACAGAGCUUCAGCUUCGAGCAGGCAGACGUACAAAACCGGCCAUACCGCCCGCGCACGCCCAGUCUGGUCGCAGCAGCAGCAGCAAUCAUCCGCUCCUAGCUUCUCGAGUUCCACCGACGCCCUAAGCACCCAGCAACAACACCGCCGCCAUGCCAACCUACCUCCUCCACGGCUUCCGCUGGCCGCGCCACUUGAUCCGCAUCCACAUCAUCCUGCAGAACCUUGAAGACGCAGCCGCGGAAUGGCUGAUGGCGCCAGCAACGACGGCGUGCAUGCGCGAGAACCUGGAGACGCUACACCCGCAGCUCCUCGAGGCGCUGCCGAACCUGCAGUUCGUCGAGCAGUACGACACCGAGCUGGCUGAGAGCAUGCCUGGCGGAAACGUGCAGCCGUUUGCGUAUGUGGCCGACGUCGUCGAGGAGGUCAAGUUGGGCGUCGAGGUCGGCGAAGUCAUGGGCCGUGGAGUGGGUAAUGAGGCGUGGGCGGCGCUGACGGAGUUGAGGGAUCAGAUCGCCCCGGGCGAGCGCGUCGCGUGGUUUGUGGUUGUGUGUCAGGAUGUCGAACGGCUUGCGCCACCGCCGCCUGAUGAAGAGGAAGAAGACGAGGAAUACGAAGAGGAGUGCGAGGAAAACUUGGCUGAUGGAGAACCGCAGGAAGCUGAGAGGGUACCAGUGGAGGUAGAGAACAAGAUGAACGGCCUGAAGCUGGCGAAUGGAAACGGAACCGAAGAGGAGCAGAAAAAGGAAGUGGAGAAGCAGCAAGAGAAGGAAAAGGAACACCCUCCGAGCACCAAUUUCAGCCACAGCGGGAAGAGCGAGAGUCAGAGCAGCGCGCCACAGAACGAGAGCGACGAAAGGCCCAGCACAAGCCGAAGCGUGAAGCGUUUCUUCAGCGGGCUCGGAGGCUUGCGCAAAGCGAAGAGCAUGAGGGACCUGCGACGCCUCGAGGCCGAAAAAGCCAAGGAGAUGGCCAAUCCUCCACCUUUACCCGGCACAGCCGUCUGACCUGGCUUCCGUCUUCUUAUCUCCCAUUCCUAUUUUCCGGUAUCCUAGCAUUGUCUCGGUGUCGGCGUAAGAGGUCGGACAACUUCAUGUAUAUGCGGUAACGAGCAACACGAUAUCGAACGUGCGGGAAGAAGCGAUGCAAUUCGCUAGGCUUGUUAUAGUCGGAAUAUGCGCAUUUUUUGAUACCUUGGCGUUGGUCUUGCUUCUUGGAAUCAGGUUGUCGCGGGACGGAAGCUGCAUCAAUUGCAUGGUUUGGUCAAAGGUGUUGCCGCAGUCAUUGCGAGCAAUAAGAAACGCCAUUGAGCCCGUCUCUUAUACCGAGUGAUAGUGUAUCUCAAAUUCAGAUGUUUCAGCGA